CACCUGCGGGCGGGGCGGGGCUCUCCGGCGGCGGCGGAGGGCAGAAGCGCGGCGGCGAGUCCAGCGGAGCCCGAGCGAGCGCCCAGCGGGAGGCAGAGGAGCGGCGGAGGGUCCCGGCAAGCGCGGCCGCAGCUCAGCUCCCCGCCGCAGGUCACUGAGACCCUCGGAGUGCUGCUAGCUGCUGGUGUGGAAGCCCAAGUCGCUCGCCAUGGCCAGUCAAGACCUUGCCAGCACUCAGGAGCUCCUGGAUCUCACCUUCCAAUCCCUGGCUUGCAAGCACAUGGACCUCAAGCAGCUGGAGCUGGACACGGCUGCAGCCAAAGUGGACGAGCUCUCCAAGCAGCUGGAGUCGCUCUGGACGGACCAUCCUGGGCCAGCCGCCCUGCCAUCCCUGAUGGCCGACAGGUACAGCUCCAUCUCUUCCCCGGACCUGCUGAAGAUGGAUGCUCGGGCUGCCUCUCCCCUGCACCUGCGGAAGAGCCCCACCUGGGACCUCGCGGAGCCCAGCGGCCCUCCCAGCUUGUCCCCCUACAGCUCCUCGCCCAGCCAACUUCUGGCCCCCAAGCCCACCCUGGGCCGCUCCUCCUCCCCACGGCCUUCCUUCUUCCUGCAGUCGGAUGUGGACUGGAGCCCCACAGCCCCCUCCAGGCCCAAAGUCAUGGCCGUCCCUUAUGAGGGCCUAUCUGGCCCCGGGGCCCAUGGCGGGUCCCCUCGCUCCCUCCGACCUGCCGGCCUUCCUGAGCGUCAAUUUGACUACCGGCCCUUUGCUGCCACCGGUGGGUGGGGAGGCCGUGCUGGUUCUCCGCGGCUGCCUGGAGAAAGCUCCAUGUCCCAGGCCUUCUUCCCAGAGCGAGGACCCUCUCCGCGCCCCCCUCUCCCGCCCCCAUACGAGAAUCACAGCCUGUAUCCUUCAGCGCCAGGCUCCUGGGCACAAGACGACCUGGUGAUUCGCAGGAGAACACCGAAAAGCUGGAACGAAUCGGAUCUGGACGUGGCCUAUGAGAAGAAGGCGCCACACGCUGUCGGCUACGAACGUGUGGAUGCGCACGCAAGCCUUCGCCAGAACGCGGCUGGGCUGCCCCUGGCUCCCUGGAAGGAGUCCAGCCUGGAUGGGGGCUGGCCAGGCAAGGAGGAUCAUUAUGGGAUGAACAGCGCCACCUUGCCCAGGAAUUACAAGGUCUCGGCCCUGGCUGGCGAGAGGCGCCCGGACAGCUCCUUCCGCCGCUCCCUGGCUGUCAACCAGGCCGGCACCCUGCCUCGCAACUGGCAGCCCAUCUCCCGCAUCCCCAUCCCCCCGCCUGCCCCCCAGGGUGGCAGCCUCCCCAGGCGCCACAAGCCGCUGCCCCUCUCCAUGAUCUUCCGGCUGCAGAACGCCUUCUGGGAGUCGGGUGCGGCAGGUGGCAAACUGGCCCCGGGGCCGGUGGGGUCGCCAUUGGCCCUGCGCUCCUUGCAGAAGCUGCUGCUACAACAGCCGGUCGCUCCAGUGCAGCCCCCCCUCCGGACAGUGCAGCCCGGCAGCGAAGGCAAUUCCAGCCCCAGGGCCGCAGCCAUGCCAGCUGAGCGCAACGUGCCCAUUGUCCUGACACCGAGUGAAGCGGAGCCCGAGCUGGAGAGCCUCUUGCCAGGCAGUGAGCCGGCCGAGAUGGACAACCUGGCCCGGCCCCUCAGCCCCACCCGGCUGCAGCCGGUCCUCCCACCCGAGGCCCAGAAGGUGCCCGAGUUUGAGGAAGUGGCCCGGGUGCUGGCGGAGAUGCCUCGGCCCCUGAAGCGCCGGGGGUCCAUGGAGCAGAACCCCAGCCCGGCCCUGCUGCCCCCGCACAAGAAGCAGUACCAGCAGAUCAUCAGCCGCCUGUUCCACCAUCAACCCCGCAAGGAGGAGGCUGCACCCGUGGGGGACCCCCCCUCUCAGCUGGACCUCUCACCCAUCACUGAGGCCACGGAGCAGAAGGGGGGCCCGGCCACCCCAACUGCCACCCCUGCCAUGACCCCUCCGCCGGCACCAGAGAGUCCGGCCACUCUCUCUCCAAUGCCCAGCCCGGAGAAGCGUUCGGUGCUGCGCAAGGUCUCUUCCCCCCGGAAACGGACAACCAAGAAAGCGCGGCUCAACCCCUUAGUGCUGCUGCUGGACACAGCCCUGACCGGAGAGCUGGAGGUGGUCAAGGAGGCGGUGAAGGAGCUGAAUGAUCCGAGCCAGCCAAACGACGAGGGCAUCACUGCCCUGCACAAUGCCAUCUGUGGGGCCAACUACAGUAUUGUGGACUUCCUGAUCAACAUUGGGGCCAACGUCAAUGCUCCAGACAGCCACGGCUGGACCCCCCUGCACUGUGCAGCUUCUUGCAAUGACACUGCCAUCUGCAUUGCUCUGGUGAAGCACGGGGCUGCCGUCUUUGCCACCACCUUCAGCGAUGGGAGCCUGGCCAUCGAGAAGUGUGACCCAUAUCGAGAAGGCUACAACGAGUGCUUCAGCUACCUGGCAGAUGUGGAGCAGAACAUGGGGCUGAUGAAUAAUGGGGUGGUCUACGCCCUGUGGGACUACAGUGCUGAGUUUAGCGACGAGCUCUCCUUCCGUGAGGGCGAACCGGUCACUGUGCUGCGACGGGAUGGCCAGGAGGAGCUGGACUGGUGGUGGGCCUCUCUCUAUGGCCAGGAGGGCUACGUGCCCAAAAAUUACUUUGGGGUGGCAUUUACCUCCCCCCUCCCCAAGAAUCGCCAGAAUGUUCAAGGACAAAUCUGAAAAAUGUUGGAAGUGUCUCCAGAUACCUAGAUCAUGCUAUCAUAUGUGGUGGACAUGCGUUGAAGCUAAAAGAUAUUGGACUAAAAUACACACAUUGUUGGAGAAAAUGAUUAAAAAACAUAUAGAAUUUAAGCCAGAAGUUUUUCUGUUGAGGAUUAUACCUGAAAUAUAUAGUAGAGAAUUAAAAUAUUUGAUGGUGAAGAGCAGCUAGGAUUGUGUUUGCUAAAAAUUGGAAAAAUGAGAAACUACCUUUGCAAGAUAAAAUCAUUAGGAAGAUAAUAGCAUGUGCAGAAAUGAGUAAAUUGACAUUUGAAAUUAGAGAACAAGAACAUAAGCAAUAUUAUAAAAUAUGGGAUUUAUUUUAUCAAUGGUUAGAAAAAAAGAUAUGUUAGAAAAGAGUUAAAAAAGGUUGUUGUUAAGAGAAGCAACUGAAUUAAUCCAGAAUGGAAUGAACAAUGUUAUUAGAUAAAGCACUAAUUCUUAUUACAUCGGUAGAUAAUCGCCCAGCCGCCUUGUUUAGGGUGACCCGCUCCCUAGUUGAACAGGGAGCUCGGGAGGACCCUUUGCAGGGUCGCGCUGAGGACUUUGGUCAGUAUCUGUCCGAUAAAAUCGCUCAGAUCCGGGAUGGUCUGGACGCUGAUUGGGUGGAUCCUUGUGGGAUGACAGAGGCUGUUCUUGAGAAUGUUAUCUGGGGAGAGUUUGAUGCUGUGACUCCCGACGACAUGGACAGGAUACUGAGGAGGCUGAAUGCGACCACAUGUUUAUUGGACCCGUGUCCCUCCUGGUUGGUACUGGCCACACAGGAGGUUACGCGAGGCUGGCUCCUGGGAAUUAUCAACGCCUCCUUAAUGGAGGGCGUCUUUCCUACUGCCUUGAAAGAGGCGGUGGUGAGGCCCCUCCUUAAGAAGCCCUCCCUGGACCCGGCUAUUAUGGCAAAUUAUCGUCCUGUCUCCAACCUUAGCUUUGUGGCGAAGGUUGUUAAGAGUGUGGUGGCAUGUCAGCUUCCUCGGUACCUGGAUGAAACCGUCUAUCUGGACCCGUUCCAGUCCGGCUUCAGGCCUGGGUACAGCACGGAGACGACUUUGGUCGCGUUGGUGGAUGAUCUCUGGAGGUCUCGUGACAGGGGUUGUUCCUCUGUCCUGGUCCUGUUAGAUCUCUCAGCGGCUUUUGAUACCAUCGAUCAUGGUAUCCUGCUGCGGCGGUUGGGGGGUUUGGGAGUGGGGGGCACCGUUUUUCGGUGGUUCUCCUCCUAUCUCUCCAAUUGAUCGCAGACGGUGUUGGCAGGGGGGCAGAGAUCGACCAUCUAGGCACCUCAUUUGUGGGGUGCCACAGGGGUCGGUUCUCUUGCCUCUCCUGUUCAACAUCUAUAUGAAGCCGUUGGGUGAGAUUAUUCGUGGUUUUGGGGUGGAAUACCAUCUGUACGCUGAUGACACUCAGCUGUACAUUUCCACCCCUAACCACCCCAAUGAAGCCGUCAACGUGAUGUCCCAGUGUCUGGAAGCCGUGCGGGUCUGGAUGGGGAAGAACAAGCUUCAGCUCAACCCAUCCAAGACAGAGUGGCUGUGGAUGCCGGCAUCCCGGUACAGCCAGCUUACACCAUUGCUGACUGUUGGGGGUGAAUCAUUGGCCCCCUGGGGGAGGGUUCGUAACUUAGGCGGCCGUCGCCAGGGGAGCUUUUUAUCAGGUCCACCUGAUUCGCCAGUUGCGUCCCUUUCUCGACCGGGAUUCCCUUCGCACGGUCACUCAUGCCCUUGUCACUUCCCGCCUGGACUACUGCAAUGCUCUCUACGUGGGGCUCCCCUUGAAGAGCACCAGGAGGCUCCAACUGGUCCAGAAUGCGGCUGCGUGGGUAAUAGAAGGGGCACCGCGAUGCUCCCAUAUAACACCGCUCCUGCGCAGCCUGCACUGGUUGCCGGUGGUCUUCCGGGUGCAAUUCAAGGUACUGGUUAUCACCUUUAAAGCGCUCCAUGGCACAGGACUGGGUUACCUUCGGGACCGCCUACUGCCAUCUAUAGCCUCCCAUUGACCUGUGCGCUCCCAUAGGGAGGGCCUCCUCAGGGUGCCGUCAGUCAAACAAUGUUGACUGGCGGCCCCCAGGGGGAGGGCCUUUUCUGUGGGGGCUCCAGCCUUAUGGAAUGAGUUACCUCCUGGGCUGCGUCAACUCCCUGACCUCCGGUCUUUUAAACCCGAGCUCAAGACUUUUCUAUUCCACCGUGCGGGGCUAGCUUGAGGGAAUUUUAAGAUGGGUUUUAGGAUUGUUUAUUUUAGUGCUAAUUUUAAAUUUGGCCUGUUUAUAAUUAGUUUUUAAUAUGUUUUUAUAUUAAAAACAUUAUUUUAUGUA